AUUGUAAAAAAAAUAAAAUAAAAGAUACAAUAAGAUGAACAUAAGAACGAAUAGUGUAGUGCAGUGCGUUGUAGUGUAAAGAGCCACAUAUAUCUGUGACAUUAGAACAUCUCUGUGAGUUAAAAUGCCGAUUCCGUAGUAACUCCCUGGCGUCUACUUAUAUUGCGCGGGAGUACAACCGCCAUUUGGUUUUGUUCUACUUUGUUACACUUUGUUUCCCUUUUUUUUUUUUAUCGUUAAUUCACGAUGUGCUGCCAUGGGGCUAGCUAAAAUAUGGCAACAGCUUUAACAUGAGCAAAGAGCUAAAGUCGUACAUGCUGAAAGCAAUGAAGGAAUAUCAGCACUAUUUUGAAAAGACAUCAACGAAAAAUUGCUACUUGGAGGAUAACAUCAGCUUGGUUAAAGAUUUAAAAAUCGACGAGGACAACGGCUACAAUGAAGAUAUUUUUUUGAAAAUACAAAAGCAGUUCCACAUGCACGACUUUUUCAACCUGUCUUUGUUAUUCCCGGUGAAAUUCUUUAACAAAAAUGGAAAGACGUUAGUGCAGUUAAUAUCAGAAGAUACCACUCAAAACGACUUGGAGUUGAUACAGGCCGUGCUUAAGAAUAUAGAGCAGAACGAACUGAACAAAUUAAACUUUUUCAACGUAGAAAAUAUAAUUUUUGAGCUAUUAGACGAAAUAAUAAGGCAAAUAACUGUAGAGUGUCCGAAGCGCGGUUUCGCCUUGCUAAUGUGA